AAGAUAACCAUAAAAUAAUGUCUCCACAGAAAAAGUUUUCCAUUUUUAUCUUUGCAAAUACCAUAAAUUAUAUCUCAGAGGUACUAAUGUGACUGGAUAUUCCAGUUACCCAAAGCACAACUCCAAUAAACUUUUAAGACAUUCAAAAGGAAAAUUGAAACCCACUCAUGUUAAGAAGGAAGUUACAAAUUUUCAACAUCAAUUUGAAAUUUAUGAAGAUGAUAAAUUAACGUCUCUUCACCAGUAAAUUAUUUAUUUAUUUAUUUUUAUUUUUUAAUUAAAACAAUGUAUUAUAACUUAGUAACUUGCUUUCACUUUGCAACCUACGGAAGUUUAGCAUUUGUAUGUCAAUGUUCUUUUACAACAUGUAACACAUGUUCUUUUGUCAAAAUCUCCAUGUUUGAUACUUCUAGGGAUGUUUAAAUUAAUUUGAGUCAUACUUAGAUAUGAAGAAUGAAUGUUCAUUGAUGGGUUGAUAAUCAAUUACUAAAAAAGUCCCUUUUUCAAAACCUCAUUUUGAUAGAUCUAGGAAACAUGGGAGUUGCUUAUCUUUCUAUUUUAGAUUUUAUUGAUGGGCUAGAUUGGGUCUUAGUGGUUAUAGCCCUUGUAGCUUUAGUAGCCUUUGGGUUGUGCACCUUUUUGUUUAACUUUGUUUAAAUUGUUUAUUUGCCUAUGGAGAAAUAAGCAAAGAAGUGUUGACUCGCAAGGGCUACAAUACACAAGAGCUGCUAACUUGAAGGCUAGUCCCUAACAAAAUCCUAGUUUUCGCAUGAGAAGUCUACCUCUUUCUUUAAACAAUUCGAUUUCAAACAAAAAUUGUUUUCCUAGAAUCUAAAGGGAUUUAAGGGAGGAUGGGUUCAUUGCGGCUUGGAGUUUAAAGAAGGUUCUAUUCAAAAGAAAGGUCCUACAAUGGAUGUUUGGAGGUCCAUAAGGAAGGAGAGAGGGUGUAUUACCCUAUCAAAAUCAACAAGCCCUUUAAAGGAUCGAGGAAUGCAUUUUUCUGGUGAGUACAGUCACAACCCUGGAAUGACUUGGGUAGGCACUAAAGAGGUUAAAGCGGGAGGAGGUGUUCUUCACUGUGGUAUUCCAUUCUGGGUGUUUUUGUCUAACCCAGAAACUGUUGCCAAGGCUAGAUUUUAAAUGAGGCUUUUGAUUUGCAUCCUUUUCCCCUUACACCUGUUCUUCAUCUUGAAUGGUCUUGGCCUACCUUAUUUCAACCAUUCGAAUCUAAUCCUGGCUCUCUAGCUACCCUGAUCGUAGCCUUAGUGAAUGGCCUUGUCUUAGUGCCUGUAUCUAAUGUUAGCAUUUCCAAUUUAAAAGGAUGAUUCUUUCUACAUGUCACCACUUAGCACCCCUAGUGAGACUCUUUCCCUCAUUAGGGGUUGACCUCUAGGGCCAUUCCCCUCCAUGUUGGAAGGUUUUCAUAUAAAUGGUCUUACAACUAGUAAAAUGGCCAAUUUUGGCAACCAUGAACAUCAAACUAGUCAAUGUUGUGAGAUUGUCAUUCCAAUGGGCAAUAGUAGGGCACAUUCUAUGGAUAUGGUCUAUUUUAGGAGGUAGUACAAACUUUUAUCCAAAGCUUCUAGUGAUUCCUAGGAUCUAAUCUGACAUAUGCGGACCUUGAGCUGUGCAUAUGAAGAUCAUUAGUUGGAAUGUUAAGAGGUUUGGGUUCUAGAAAGAAAAGAAGUGUUGUGAAGGAUCUUCUUUGUCAUGAAACUCCAAACAUUGUGAUGCUUCAGGAAACAAAAAGGGAGACAUGUGAUACCCUUGGUAGUGUUGGAAAGUCAAAAAGAAGGGAUAGGCUAUUCCUCUAACUUGUGAGGCAUUGGGAGGGCUUGUGGUUAUAUGGCACUCAAACAAGUUCAAUUGUUUAGAGGUUGUACUAAGGUCUAUUUUAGUAACAAUUAAACAGAUCUUGGAUGAAAAGGGGACUUUUUGGCUCACUUGGGUUUGUCGUCAUAAUAAUUAUAAUCUUAUAAAGAAUUUUUGGAUGGAGCUACAUGACCUUUUUUGCCUAACUUUUUCGAAAUGGUGUGCUGGGGGGAGAGAGAAUCUCAAAAAAAUUGGGUGGUACCAGUUUAACCCUUAAUAUGAGAGAUUUUGAUGGAUUCAUAAGAGUGAAUUAAUUGACCCUUCUCUUAGAAGUGUGUCUUUCACUUGGUCAAAUAUGCAACAACUCCUUGUAUGCCAAGGGUUGGAUAGGUUUUUAUAUUCAAAUGAGUGGGAGCAAAGGUUCCCUGGAAGCCUGCAAGAAGUGCUCCGUAGAUUUGACCUCUAAUUGUUGCCCGAUCAUCCUAGACACCAAUCCAUUUAAGUGGGCGUCCAACUUUGUUUAGGUUUGACAUGUGGUUGCUAUACCCAAAUUUCAAGGAAAGGUUUAGUUUUUGGUGGAAUGAGUACUAGGUUGAAGGAUGGGAAGACUAUAAAUUAUUAUUAUUAUUAUUAUUAUUAUUGAUAGGUGAUGAGAAGGUUAUAAAUUCAUGAAGAAGCUACAAUUUGGAUCAAAGUUGAAAGAAACAAGGUGUCUUUUGGAGAUUUAAAGGAGAAAAAUAACAUUCUCAUAGACAUUGUUUGCAUUGAUACCUAUAAGCAAGAUGGAAAUUUGACUUCUAAGCUUUCAACAAUGAGGGCUUUAAGGAAGGGGGAAUUGGGGGAGUUAUUAUUAAAGGAAGAGGUGCAUUGGAGGCAAAAAGUUGGGGUUUAAUGGAUAAAAGAAGGGGAUUGUAAUGUAAAGUAUUUCCAUAAGGUGGCCAAUUGUAGGUGAAAAGGAAAUUUAUAAAGUCCUUAGUGUCUAAAGAGGGGGUAAUUCUAGAUAAUACUAAAAACAUUUGAGAGGAAAUAAUGUUUUUUCUUUGUUUGGAAAGUUAUACUCCAAGCCCCUUGGUAAUGGAUUCACCAUUUCAGUGUUUCAUGAGUGUUGGGAUGUGAUUAAGGAGGAUCUACUUAGGGCGUUCUCGAAGUUCCAUAAUAAUGGGAUAAUAAAUCAAAGCACUGAAGCUACCUUCAUUGCUUUUAUGCCAAAAAAGAGUCGAACGAACAAAAUCUCAAAUUUUAAGCCUAUUAGCCUAGUUAUUAGCCUAUACAAGAUCAUGACUAAGGUCUUAUUAAGGCAUAUCCGAAGAGUCCUCCAUGAAACCAUGUACAUAUCCCAAGGAGCUUUUGUUGAGGGGAGAUAAAUUUUGCAUGCAGUUCUAAUUGUCAAUAAAAUAGUGGAUGAGAAAAAGUAAUCAGGAGAGGAAGGGGUAGUUCAAAAUUGAUUUUGAAAAGGCCUAUGACUAGGUGGAUUAAGGUUUUCUAGACCAUGCACUAUGGAGAAAAGGGUUUAGUACAAGAUUGAGGCCUUGAAUGAGGGGUUGCUUGUACUCGACAAGUUUUGUGAUCCUAGUGAAUGGAAACGUUAAAGGACGGGUUAAGGCAACCAAAGGUUUAAAACAAAUAGAUCCUCUUUCACCAUUCUUUUUCACUAUUGCAGCUGAUGGGUUGAUUAGGAUGUUGAGAGCGGUUGAUUUUAGGGCUAGUAGGUAAGAAUAGGACUAGAGUGUUUCAUUUAUAAUUUGUAGAUGAUGUUAUUUUUUUCUUUAGAGUUUUCAUAGAAGAUCUGUAGAACCUUGAGAUAAUCCGUUUAGUUUUUUGGCAGGUAUCAAGGCUUAAGAUUAAUUUAGACAAGAGUACUCUCUUUGGUAUCAACACAAUUUAAGAUUGAUCUCUAGGUUAGCUUUGAUGCUUGAAUGUAAAGUCUCAGAUUGACCUUUAACUUACCUAAGUCUUCCAUUAAGGGAGAACUUGAAGGCAAGCGUGUUUUAGGAUCUAGUGAUUAACUAAAUUUUAAGGAGAUUGAAUGGGUGACAAAAAAACCUUUUUGUCACUAAGGUGUAGAAUAACUUUAAUUUAGUUAUGCUUGUCUCAUAUCCCUAGUUAUUUCCUUUCUCUUUUCAAGAUUCCAACAUUAGUAGCACUGAAGUAUGAAAAAUUACAAAGAGAUUUUCUUUUGUUGGGGUUAAGGAGGGCAAAAAUGAUCAUCUUAUCAGUUAGGACAAAGCAUGUAGGCUUAAAAAGUUUGAAGUUUGGGGUUGUUUAGGAAGAUUUCUUUGAAGAAUCAUGCUCUUUUAGGUGAAUGACUUUGGAGGUUCCCUAAGAAAAGUUUUGCACUUUGGCAUAAGGUUAUUUUGUGCAUUUAUGAGAUACACUAUCGUUCUAGUCAGAUGGUCACAUCAGUGUCCCUAGAAGGCCACUGCUCAAGUUUUCUAGGUUUUUCUAUACACACUUGCUUUGUGAUGGGUGAUGAGAUGAAAAUUCAUUUUUAGGAAGAUUUGUCCUGGGGGGGAUCAACUUUUGUGUUCACAAUUUUCAAACUUGUCAUAGUUAAAAAUUUCAUCAUAUUAGCUAUCCUUGGCAACUUUUUUAUUUUUGGAACUUUAAUUUCCAUCUUAACCUUAUUGAUUUGGAGAUCAAGGACCUUGAAAGACUCACUCACAUCAUCUCUUACUUGUGUACGCUUGUCUUCAUGAAGACUUAUGUACGCUUGUCUUCAUGAAGACUUAUGGAGGAGUACAGUUAUAUUUUUAUUUUUAUUUAUUUAUUUUGUAAUUGUGGGUAGGACUCUUCAUCCUUCUUAUGUACUUUUUAUCCAUAGUUAGUACAUUUUUUGUUUCUAAUUAGAAAAAAAAAAGAUAAUAAUUUAUGUUCACUUAUUUCAGAAAGUAACGAAACAAACAACUAAAAAUCUAAGAAUAAAAGCCCAAGCUUUUAGGUUUAGGAGUAUAGAUUUCCUGUGAUACACUUAUUUUUUCUUGAUAACUUUUUUUCUUCAAUAUUUGUUAUUACUAUGGAAAAUCGAUCGCUUAGAAAACACAUAGCAUCUCAUAGUCACACAGCAAGGCUGCUCCAAAAAUAAGUUUUGGUGCCUAAUGAGAAACCUCCAUUUUGGUUAAUAUAGGAAGCUCACAUCUAGACACGAGACAUGUUUUUUCAUGAAUGUCCUACAUUUAUUUUAAUCUUGUAGCUUUUGAGUCUGAGGUUGUGUCUUCAGAUAUAUACUGCACAUCUAUUGGAAAUCAUGUUUCUAUUUUAGUGCACAGAAGCUGAUCGUUGAAUAUGCCAAAGAAGUGCCUUUUUCUGAUAUGAAAAAAAAAAAAAAAGGAAUGAUGAGCCUUUGAAGUUUUCCAGUUAUGUUGAGAUUUUUUAGUCGUUGAAAAAUAAAGCUGAUUUUGGUCAUUGAGUAUUUGUUUGGUUCAGUGUCAAAACAACUUAUUUUAGACUUUGUUUGUGCUUGGAUUAUUUUAUUAGUAUAUCAGCAUUAUUACAUGAUAACAAAAUAGUCUUUUAAAGGCUCCAAAAGGGUAGUUACAAAGAUGUCUAGAGGAGGAAGAAGAUGGUUUACUGUGGAGUCCAAAGCUUUUGAACUUGUGAUUGAUGAAGUUGGAGGCAAGCUGAGAGGAUGCAUUUGGGAGAGAUGUAAAGGGAUAUCAUCUUGGAUCAGAUUUGGAUAUGCAAGUCUCAGCAGUUUGUUGGUAGGAGUUGAAUCCUGCUAUAGAGAUAGAGAUGAUAGAAGUUGGUCCUUCGCAUGGGAGGAGGAGGGAAGGAAGUAUAGAAUGGAGCGUCGUACAAAUGAGGCGGGAAGAUUUAUUCUCUGUUCUGUUCGUGAUUUAGAGGCAAAAAGAUUUUGCUUAAUUUUUCCAGAAGGGAAGAGGUUAUCUGGAGGGUGGAAUAUCUUGGCUGAGAAGUUGAGAGAGGUUGGGGUAGCUCCCUUUGGAGGAUUAAAGGACCCCCUUUCACUUGAGGUGCUGAAGAAGGAAAAGGAAAAGGAGCUUGAUCCAAGGACAUAUGCGGAUGUAGCAAAAUCGAAAUUGGGUAGACUUGGGGAUAAGGUCUGGUUGGAAGUGGGAAGGAGGGUGAAGCCUGGUAGAUUAGAGCAGUUGGGUCGUUGCUUAGUGGGUAGAUGGGAAAAGGUGGAGAACCAUCCCCCUGAGUUGGAUUAUCUAAAAAACUGGGUUGUUCAUGCUUGGCUCCUCAAAGGCAAGUUGGACAUAGUUGUAAUGGGAGGUGGGCUAAUGCUCUUUGAGUUUGAAUUGGUUAGUGAGGUCGAGCGUGUUCUUGCUAGAGGGAAGAGAAAGGUUCUAGGCAGUGUAUUGUUGAUGGAAAGAUGGCACACGGAGGUGGGGUGUUUUAGCAAUGGAGCCUUUGCUAACGAGGCAUGGGUGAGAGUGGUAGGUCUUCCCCUUCACUUAUGGAAUCGAGAGGUGUUUAAGUUGAUAGGAGAUGGUUGUGGUGGGUUCAUUGCUAUGGACAACAAGACGGAUUCAAUGGCAGAGUUGCAAUGGGCUAGAAUGUUGGUGAAAACGGUGGGCAGGGACACACCUUCCUCCGUCCAGAUUGUGGAUGAGAUGGGGUGCUUCUCAGUCCAACUGUGGUGGGAAUCCCCAUCUUGGUUCUCUCAGGUGGUGCCGGCGGGAAGUGGUCUCGGUAAAGGGGCCGCAAUGGUUGAAGCAGAAACAGGGAGUGGGUCUCGUGAUGAGUGCAGAGGAGGCUUGUUGGUGAAGGAUGGACAGCCAAAGGAGCAGGGGGGAGUAGUUGAGCCGCCCUGUGGUAGCUCUUCAAGAGGGGCUACAGGCUUUCCAUCUGAGUCGGCUGAAAGGGGGCCUGGAGCGGAGGUGACUGAUGGAGAAGAUAGCCUUGGGAUUAGAAGCCAAGGUGCAGGGAAAUUAGCAAGUUUGGGAGGCUUUAAAUCCGGGCCAGCAGCUUGUGAUUAUGGGCCCGUUUGGGAGGCCCAAUUCAGGAGCGGGCUUGGAGAGGCUUGUCUCAAGCCAGCCUAUGAGGCUGCCCAGAUGGUUGGGCCAGAUUGUGAGCCGAGGCCCAUCACGUUAAAAGGGUGGGUAAUGGGCUGCGAGGACAGGCCUUUUUUCAUAAAGGGCUCGAUUGUGGGCUACGAGGGGAGGGCCGACAUGGGUUUUGAGCCUGAGUUGGGGGGGAUAGAAGGAAUUAGGGCUUUUCCUCAUGCCGAGGUCGGGGAGAUGGAAAUUAGGGCUACGAUGGAAGCUUCGGGUGGUCAAGAUAAAGAGGACGGGGGGGUCGCUUGCUUUCUCGGAGGAGAUUGGAGGGAUUCAGAGUCUCUCUCGGUGAAAGCGAGAGCGCGAAUGACUGAAGAAGCUCUGUCAGCUGAGGCAUCUAGGUACGAGUCCAUUACCGAUGUCUUUGGGGGGGAUUGGGUCCUUUUCUCUUCUUCUCCUCUCUCUGGGUGCGAUCGGGCUAUGGUGGUGGGGGGUGUUAUGGGAACGGUAGUCAUUGAUGAAGGUGUUGGGUAUCAAGCUCCGCUGCGUGCCGUGCUGACUGACGGUAGUCUGUGGGAGACGGGUAUAGAGGGGGAAAAGAAUAUGGGUAUCAGGUCGCAGGAGAGCGAGGAUCUGGAGGAAAAAGAAGAUCAGGGCAGCAGUUGGGAUGACAGUAGCUUGGCUAAGUUUAGUAAGACUUUGGGGUUCACGACAGAUGGUGUUGAAGGGGAAAUUCUUAAAUUACUGUUAAGGUUGAAAACCAGAAGGGAUCAAGGCAAGAAGAAAGGAAUUUCAGGAAUGACUAGGUUUGAUAGGGAAGUGAAAAAACUGGAAUGGUCGAUUAAUUAUGAAGGAGAAAGCAGGAAGAAAGGUUCGGAUAGAAGAAACAGGGAUAGAGCUCUAUGUUUUAAAUGAAGAU